AUGAUGCGAAGACAUUAUUCGUAUCAUGAUCAACCUGCAACUUAUGCGCAAUGGUCUAGAAAUAGACGAAUGUUGUUGUGCAAAAUGUUACCAAAGUGAGUUUUGAUUUGAGAAUUUUGACAAAAUCUUUGGGUUGAAAAUCAUUCUCACAUUUUGAUCUUAAAUGAGUUGAAAUAGCCUCUGAGUUGCACUAACUCAGAUUUCAGACAUCUAAAUUUUCCAAUAAAAUUUCUUUAGGCCAAGUUUUCCAAUUUAAACUUCAACGAUGAAAUUUAGAACUUUCACCGCGAAAAAUGCAUCAUUUUGAAGGCAAAAAUGGUCCACAGUUAUCUCAGAUAUACUGUAGAUUUUAGCUGCUAAAUUAGCACCAAACAUCUUUAUUUUUCAAAAGCCACGUUUUUCAUUCAAAAAUUAAAAUCACUGGGUUACUGUAGGUUUUGCCGUCAAUUAAACUUCUCAGCUCUUUUUUUCCAAAAAAAAAAAAUUGAACACAACUCCAAAAUUCUAAUAUUUUCAUAUUUUCCGGAAAACUUCACAUUGAAAUGUUCAUCAAAAAUGCAAGUUCAAAAGUCAACUUUUCCAAAAACUCGGUAAAAGGUUUUUCCAAAAACCAGACUUUUUUUUCAGAAUGAAUAAAGCGAUUAUUUUUAUUCUGAAUGAAGGUUUUCUGAAAAAGAUCAAUUCUUUUUUUUUUUGUUUUGCAUUAUCUUUGAAUGAAAUCAGAGAUUUUUCUUGGAGAAUAUUCAUGUUUGUAAAUACUUCCGCUAACUAUAAAUCUUAAAAAUGACUUUCAUCGUGUUGGUCACGUCGUUUUGAGCUUCUACAAGUUCAGCAUAUUAGGGUCCCACUACGCAAAAUCACCCGGUGAAUACGUGGCUUUCGAACUUUUUUGGUCUUGCUUUAAUUAAUUUCCACGCAAACAUAUAAACAAAAAAACCAAUAUAUAUCCAAAAAAAAGCCAUUUUGGUUGAAAAAGCCAAAAGUUCGCACGAUUAGAUUCAAAAUCUUCUUAAAAGAAAGAUUAAAGGGUUCUUCGUUUUUCCAUGCUCAUUUUUGGUUUUUCAUUUCUUCUUCUUUAUUUUAUAUAUUUUCUCAUCCAACUUCUUUAAAAAACCUUUUUUCAAGUCUGGAAAAACUAAUAAAUAAACAAAUAAAUAAUAUUUUCUAACACCCAGCGUAUAUAUUUCAUUAAAAUAUUUUCAUUGAGAAUAUUUUUAGACAUCUGGCAGUUUAUGACUUCUGCUAACAAACCAAUAAAGUUUCGUGGACUCUUUUUUUUUUUGCAAAACCCCCAAGAAUCUUUUCAUAUUUUUGUUGAUCUCUAGAAAAUAUAUAAUUUUUCCAGAUCGAUGACGCUUUCCGUGCCGGAUUGUGCGGAAAUGAGCCGCAUGCGAAUGGCAGCAAAUCAUCGGAAAAUGAGUCUUGGAAGUGCUCCUCUAAUCGCUAACGGUAGACCAAGUCCGCCGCCAAGAAGGACAAGUUUAGCAGGUGAUUAAUUAUAUUAUUUUUCAUAUUUUUUGGGGGGAAACAUUUAAUAUUCCAAAGAAAAACACAAACAUGUAUAUAAAAAUAAUUAAUUUGGUUAGCACGUCUUUCAUAGUAUAACUCAAUUAAUCAUUUCAAAAUCCAUCAACAAAAUAUUCUAGAUGGAUGUUUUCUGGAAAAAAGGGGAAUGAUGAAAUGAAAUUUGAAGACUCUGGGAAACAUCUAUCUUUAGAUUUUGAAUCAGAUUUUUUUGAUCUCAAAAUAAUCCAAUUACUUUCUUACGCAAAAUAUCCAUUAGCAAAAUUAUGGUGUAAUUGAACAAAGAGUCCUCUUCCUUCUUUGCCUGGUUUUCAGAAAAAAAACCAGGCACGCUAAAAAUAUGAUGCACUACCCCCAUUGUGCUCCUCAUUUUCUUCUUGCUCCCCCACCCCUCAUUUUCUUCCUUCACUCGUCUUCGAGCUCAUCUCGGUGUUUUUUCGCGCCAUUUUCCAUUUUACUCUCAAUUUCGGAAACGAAAUUUGACACCUCAUCUAAUUUCUUCCUUUUUUCAUUUCAUUUCAUUUCCUCAUCUCAUCUCAUUUCAGUUUAGUUGUUUUUUUUCUUGGAGAAAAAUAAUAUUUUUUCACACAAUUUCAGUUGAUUUUGGAAAAAAAAUGAAUCAUGCCACCUUUAAAAAUCAACAUAUACAUAUUAAAAUAUUGAAAGGAAACAAUUUCUGAACAUUCUCUGAUUCGAUUGCUAACACAAUCUAUGUUGUAUAAAUGAAAAUUAUAGAAAGUAUUCGCACGCUGGCGUUCACCGCUCGACGCAACUCAUCCCCACUUUAUCGAAAAUCAACGAAAAAGUUGAAGAAAAGUCGAUUGGUGGGGAAAAAAUGGUAUCUGCAAUGUUUAUAAUACCAAUGUUCCGAAGAAGGAUCGCCAAUAUUUGAGGUAUGUUCAGAUCGGGAUGAAAUCCGUUGUGAGUUUUGAGGGUAGACCCUUGACACGCUAUGCACUUUCACGUGUGCUUUGUACAUAUGUUUGCAGAAUUUUUUUUUUGCAAAAAAAAAAUGGAGAAGUCUGAAUGUGAGAAUGAAUAAUAAUUAGGUUCAUUUAUGCUUCUAAAAUAUGAGCAGUUCCUAGGAAAAUUGAGCACGUGGCUCAUAAUUUUUGAAAGACCAAGAAAGACAAAAAAAAAUAGUUCAGAAAUUGUUCGUGAAAAGGCUCUAGAAAUUCUAAUUUCACAGAAUUCGAAGUAUUUUCAAAAUUCACAUAUUAUGGUUUCAGUUUGAGACUAUAAGUAACAAAUUCUUCAUUAAAAAACUUCCUUGUUUUUCCAGGGACAUUUUCACGACACUCAUUGACGUGAAAUGGAGAUACAUGUUAAUCCUAUUUGCUUCCGCAUUUGUCAUGAGGUCAGUUUUGUUCUAAAAAUAGUAAUAACCUUUACCCUCUUCCCAAAUAUUUCAUUUCAGCUGGAGUGUCUUUGGUACCACCUAUUUCCUAAUCGCUUUUGCUCACGGUGAUUUAGCCGAACCUCCUCUUAAUCAUACCGCUUGUGUCGUAAACCUUGAUUCUUUCUACUCUUCAUUUCUAUUUGCUGUCGAAACUCAUCAUACUAUUGGAUAUGGUCAUAGGUAUGUGAUUAAAAAUGCUAUGAAUUUUUGAGUAAACUGAUCGUUCUUUGCAGAUAUAUAACUACAGAAUGUUUGAGUGCUGGUUUGGUUGUUUGUCUUCAAGCAGUUUGUGCACUACUUCUUCAAUCAUUCAUGGUCGGAAUUGUGUUUGCAAAGAUGGCAAGACCUAAGAAGCGAGCAGAAACCAUUAUUUUCAGGUUCAUAUUUUUGUCAUGAAAUGUGGAAGCAUAAAUAAACAAAAAAAAAUAAUCAUGGUUUUUUUUCCAGUGACAAAGCUGUUAUUUGCCUUCGAGACGGUCAAUUAUGUUUCCUGUGUCGUGUUGGAGAUAUGCGAAAUACACAUUUAGUUGAAGCUCAUGUUCGUCUACAAUUUAUCACAGAUCGAGAAACCACUGAGGGAGAGGUACAGAAAACAAAACAAAAAAUGUUUUCUCAAAAAGAAAAACUAUUUUUAGAUCGAACCGCUUCAUCAAUUCGAAAUGAAAGUUGGUCCUUCAAUUUCAGAUGAUGAUCGUUUGUUUUUGGUAUGUUUUAGUCGGAAAAAAAAACAAAGACAUACAAAAAAGUAACCCUAACUAAUUCAAUCGAAAAAAACAUGUUCGCAAUUGGCGGCGAGUUUUUUUUUUCCAGUCGGAGGUCUGGUCGUUGAUCGACCAGAGAAAAAUUUUUGUGUUGAAAGAGAGGGGCUGAAAAUGUGUGCAUGUGGAUGGGGAUAAUUGAGUUAUGACGUGCAAGAUUUGAGAAUUGUUUCAAGACAUAACAAAAAGUUGGAUAGAUUUGGCUGCAAGGUUUACUGUAACUUUUCCAAUUAUUCUAAUGUUAAAACCUGAAUAUCUGAUAAAUAUUUUGAAUAAUUCUGAAAAAAAUGUACUUUUAGCUAAUGAGAUGGGAGAAUGGUUGAAUAUGAAAACAAAAUUCAAUUAUUAAUAUUUUCAUGGGAUUCUUAAACAAAUCAUAUUUUAUUUCAAAAUUGUAUAUUUUGCAAAUUUUUUUCAAGAAAUUCCAACAUCAGAUAUCACCCAUUUUUCCUCGUCCCAUAAAUUUCAACUCAUCUUCUAGGUCUGGCCAACAACUCUUUGCCAUGUCAUCGAUAGUCGAAGCCCAUUAUACAACUACAAUCAACAAACAUUAAUGUCCGCUCAAUUUGAAAUAAUUGUGCUUCUUGAGGGAAUUGUCGAGUCAACCGGAAUGACUGCUCAAGCACGAACAUCAUAUCUUCCAUCCGAAAUUUCGUGGGGACAUCGUUUCAGAAAAUUGGUGACUUAUCAAAGAUCAAAUGGUUCCUAUCAAAUUGAUUACGAUUUGUUUAAUAGCACUUAUCCAGUCAGAACUCCAACUUGCAGUCCACAAGAUUUCUAUGUCUCCAAACCAAAUGUAAUAGUUAAUUUUUUUUUAUUUCAGAAAAAAUAUGCAAUUUUUUCAGCUCAAAGAUUAUUAUUGUCAUGAUAGCCACGAGCAUAAGCUCGAGGACAAUCGAUCUUCAGAUUCUACACCUUUGCCUUCACCAUCACCCUAUAGCUAUCCAACAACACCUAUGAAUUCAUUCCAACCAUCUUGCUCAUCAAACUCUGCUCCGUUUAUUCAAUCAAAAUUCAAUACAGAAGUUUGUCUUCUAGUUUUUCUGAAAGAUCUAAGCUGUUUCAGACGCAAACAAAAAAACUUUAACUUCUCAUUUUUCAGAAUGUCACAUGCGAGGCUGGAAUGUUAUGCCCACCAACAAUUGUAGUUCAAUGCCCAUCCGCUUCCGCUUCUCCAAAUAAUCUUCGUCGAUGUCGAAAUGGAAAUGAUAAAAGUCGCACAAGCAGCACUUGUGAUUUGACACGACCUAGCACCGCACUUUCAGAUCUUGAGGAAGAAUGUUCAGAUCCAGGAUCUCCUACUAAAUGCGCUUCACCUCCAAAUCCUAUUCAAAUUGAAAUUGUCACUGAAAGCUGA